AAUGGAUAAUUAAAAGAAAUGCCUUUUUGAAAAAUUUGGAGGAGACCAAUAAGUUUCUGAACUUAUAGAUUAAUUCUAUUAUAAAGUGCUGUUUGAUAAGUUACUUCGAGACAAAUUUUUGAAGGCAGAUAUGAGUAGAGUUCGAUAUUAAUAAAAACGAUUCUUCGCUUAAAUGAUGGGCGAUGCCAAUACGUAAUACACUGGAAGGUAUAAUACUUGCUAAUAUAAUUAUAGAGAUUUAAUUGAAGUCCACAAAAAUCUCAAUAUUACCAACUAAUAAUUUGAUAAAUUUAAAACACACCUCAAAAAUAUUGCAUAAGAUAUGGAAAUACCCAAAGAAGACGUAGAGGAAUUACUUUUACAUGUUGAAAAACACAGAGACCUCAUUGUUUUCUAAAAAUGAUAAAAUUUUUAUGUAAUUGGUUAUUCUUAUAUAUUAAUA